AUGGCACUUGUAGUGACUGUCAAUAAAACUGAAGUGCAGGAAUUCAAUGAUAGUUCAAACUCAUCAAGACUCACGUACGAUGAAGGCGCAGUGAAGAUUGAAGGCCCAGAAUGGAAAAGAGACGAAGAUAAAUUAAUAUUAGAAAUAUUAAAAGAACAUCUCUCUCCGGAAGAAAGGCAAGAUAAGACCAUUCUAGAAUUAUUUCACGAGAAAAAUAUUGUCAGUAUAAUCGCUGAGAGUUUGACUGACAAAAGCACAGAUGAUAUUACAACUAGAAUGGCCCCGUCUGUGGUGAUCUAUUGGCUCUAUGAGGCGCGCGCGGGACGCUACGCAACGUACGGGUCUGAUUCUGGGCGGACGGCGAACUACCCUUACUCGCCGUCCGUAGACCCGCGCUUACUGUGGCCGGAGAUCAUCUCUAGAUCCCCGACGCCCGGAAUGUCGCCUACAGCGGCGGCGGGGGCGCGAGGAGGACAGUUCCCUCACGCGCUCCGCCUCCUCCUUUGCGAGCAUCGCUGCUUAAGAAAAGGCUUGCAGAAAGAGGAGACGGCUUCCCAGUUCCUCUCGCUAUGA